AUGUCUCUUCAACCAAAAUUCGCUGGCCUCAAGAUGGCUGGUGCAGCCGAGGCCCGCCAUACUCUUGAGAUAUACCUGGACUAUGUCUGCCCUUUCUCUGCCAAACUGUUCAAAACGUUUUAUGGCCAAGUCCUCCCCUCGCUCCCCGAAGCCGCCUCGUCACGCCUCACGGUGAUUUUCCGCCCACAAAUACAGCCAUGGCACCCAUCUUCUACUCUUGCGAUUGAGGCAGCACUGGCUGUUCUCAAGCUGGCACCUACAAAGUUCCAGCAAUUUAGCGCUGCUCUGUUCGAGCAUCAAAAGGAGUACUUUGAUGCCAAUGUGGUUAAUGAGACAAGGAAUCAGACCUACGAACGACUAGCUAAGCUCGCUAGUAAGGAAGUGGGCGUUGACGAGGAGGCUGUUAUGGGGUUGUUGCGUAUAUCAGAUAAGCCGAGUGCGGGCGGGGAUCUGAAUGGCGGGAAUGGCGUGACGGCAGAUGUGAAAAUCAUGACAAAGGCCACCAGGGUUGUGGGCGUGCAUGUUACGCCAACAGUGUUCUUCAAUGGUAUCGAGGAAAGAAGCAUCAGUAGCAGCUUCACGAAGGACCAAUGGCUCGAAUGGGUGGAGAAGAACGUCGUUUGA